ACAGCGGUGUUCCAGGAGCUGUCAACGUCCGAGUGUCACUUCAUUAACGGCACGGAGAAGGUGAGGUUCGUGGAGAGGUACAUCUACAACCGGAUGCAGGAUGUGAUGUUCGACAGCGAUGUGGGGCACUACGUGGGGUUCACCCCCGCUGGGGAGAGGUGGGCCAGGAACUGGAACAGCGACCCGGCCAAACUGGAGAAAGCACGGACUGCAGUGGACUGGUUCUGCCUGGAUUGGUACGAUGGGUUCCUCACGGAGCGCCGAGUGCCCCCCAGCGUGUCCAUCUCGCUGGUGCCCCCCUCGAGCUCCCAGCCCGGCCCCGGCCGCCUGCUGUGCUCCGUGAUGGAUUUCUACCCU